GGCCUGCCAAACGCACAUGGGGCGGCAGCAAUGGCUGCUGCGUCGGGAUCAGUUUCCCUGCAGCGGUGCAUGGUGUUGCCGGCUGGGAGGCACAGCGCCUCUCUGAUUUUCCUGCACGGCUCAGGUGAUUCUGGAAAAGGAUUGCGAAGGUGGAUCAAGGGGGUUUUAAAUCAAGAUUUAGCAUUCCAGCACAUAAAAAUUAUUUACCCAACAGCUCCUCCCAGGCCAUAUACUCCUCUGAAAGGUAGACUCUCCAACGUAUGGUUUGACAGAUUUAAAAUAUCUAAUGACUGCCCAGAACACCUUGAAUCAAUUGAUGGGAUGUGUCAAGUGCUUACAGAUUUGAUGGAUGACGAAGUAAAAAAUGGCAUCAAGAAGAAUAGGAUAUUAAUAGGAGGAUUUUCUAUGGGAGGGUGCAUGGCUAUGCACUUGGCAUAUAGAAAUCAUCAAGAUGUGGCGGGAGUUUUCGCUCUUUCUAGUUUUCUGAAUAAAACAUCUGCUGUUUACCAGGCUCUUCAGAAAAACGAUGGUGUGCUCCCUGAAUUAUUUCAGUGCCACGGUACUGCAGAUGAGUUAGUUCUUCAUUCUUGGGGUGAAGAGACAAAUGCCAUGUUAAAAUCUCUAGGAGUGAGCACGAAGUUUCAUAGCCUCCCAGGCCUUUACCAUGAGCUCAGCAAAGGUGAGCUAGAGAAACUGAAGUCAUGGAUUCUUACAAAGCUUCCGGGAGAAACGGAAAGCCAAAAUGAAUGAAUCAGGAUCGAUUUGUUAAUGAUUAUACAUGUAAUGUCUUUGUGAAAAAGUAAUUUUACUGCAAAUUAUAACUUGAUCAAUGAUAAUUAAAAUAUUACAAAAUAUCAA